UGGUAGAACUAUAUACAAGCGAUCUCAGCUUCAUGAUGGUGGGUUUAGAACUCCAGCCUCAUUGCCCCAGACACCACCAAGACAACACCAAGGAUGGCUCCAGUCAAACGCCCAAACUUCCUUGUCAUCGUCGCCGAUGAUCUGGGCUUCUCCGACAUAGGCUGCUACGGCAGCGAGAUCCGCACGCCCAAUAUCGACAAACUCGCGCAGAAAGGUGUGCGGUUUACGGAUUUCCAUGCUGCGGCAGCUUGUUCCCCCACCCGGGCCAUGAUCAUGACCGGUACCGACCACCAUAUCGCCGGUCUGGGCAACCUUAUCGAAUGGACCAACAUUUCCGGACAGAAUGGCCCCAAGGGGUCGAGUACAGACACUGCCCCGCAGCGCGGCAUGCCGGGGUACGAGGGGUACCUGAAUGAGCGAGUCGUUGCGCUGCCCGAGAUCCUGCGCGACGCGGGUUAUCACACCCUCAUGUCGGGCAAAUGGCAUCUAGGUCUCACGCCGGAGCGCUCACCGUAUAAGCGGGGAUUCGAUCGUUCUCUUGCCCAUCUCCCCGCUUGCUCGAACCAUUAUGCGUACGAGCCGCAGCUCCGCGAUCAAGAUGAGACGCCAACUUUCCUUGAAGCUAGCUAUAUAGCGCUGCAUAUGGAAGACGACAAGUAUGUCCGCAGUCUGCCGGAGGGGUGGUACUCCUCUAAUGGGUAUGGGGAUAAAAUGCGCGAGUAUCUGGUCGACUGGCACAAGAACAAGAAAGAGGACGAAGACAAGCCCUUCUUCGCAUACCUGCCCUUUACAGCGCCGCACUGGCCGCUGCAAGCACCCCGGGAAUAUAUCGACCACUACCGCGGCGUGUACGACGACGGACCCGACGCACUACGUCUCAAACGCCUUGCAAGCCUCAAGAAACUUGGCAUGAUUCGGGAGGAUGUACAGCCUCAUCCCGUUGUCGUCGACGAAGGCGAAGGUAAACCCUGGGAAGAACUCACGCCGGAGGAAAAGAAACUCUCCUGCCGCGCGAUGGAAGUCUUUGCAGGGAUGGUCGAGUGUAUUGACGCCAACGUGGGCAAGAUCGUCGAUUACUUGGACAGCAUCGGUGAGCUGGACAACACAUUCGUCUGCUUUAUGUCCGAUAACGGCGCUGAAGGAGCUGCGUACGAGGCAUAUCCCCUCGUGCAGAGCGGUGUUCUUCCACACCUACUAAAAUACUACAAUAACAGCUACGAGAAUCUCGGGAACGGGGAUAGUUUCAUUUGGUACGGGCCACGCUGGGCACAAGCUGCCACGGCGCCGAGCAGGUUGUACAAAGCGUACACAACGGAGGGGGGCGUUCGCGUUCCGUUUUUAGCACGGUUCCCUUCGUCAACGAAGACGGCUCCCCAGGCUUCUAAUGGGGCAAUCACAGAUCAAUUCGCAACGGUGAUGGAUCUAGCGCCCUCAAUCCUCUCCAUGGCGGGCGUCGCUCAUCCUGCCCCAACAUAUCAAGGCCGCGAAGUCGUGUCUAUGCGAGGAAAAUCCUUCCACGCGUGGGCAACAGGUGCAAGCGAACGUAUCCACGAGAAGGACUUUAUCCAAGGUUGGGAGACCUGUGGACGUGCUGCCUUACGCUUCGGCGACUGGAAGAUUGUGUACAUUCCCAAGCCAAAGGGUCCGGAGCGGUGGCAGCUUUACAACCUCGUUGAAGACCCUGGUGAAAUUAAUGAUUUAGCGGAGAAAUAUCCAGAACGGCUGCAGAAAUUGCUCAAGCUCUGGGACCAGUACGUCCUGGAGACCGGGGUCAUCCCUCUCAACCCGGAUCUAGGUGACUUUUUGGAAGCCACCGAGGCGCAGAUGACGGAGAAUGCCUGGAUGGAGUAUGACUAUUGGAAGGCGGGUGCGAGGGACGACCCAGGACGGGAGAAGUUCAUGCGGAAGCCGCCGAGGUUUCAGAGGGUUGUAAAACAGUUCUAA